ACGUCUAAAGACGGUCUGUGCUUAGUGUGUAUAUGGGGCGUACAGAAAAACCACACAGCACGAGUGAAUAGGUUGUUUACAUAUUUAUUAAUUUAUCAUAACACCGUUUUUAUCUAGCGUGGACGGGCUCCCUGUUAGAAAGAGGGAACUCUUUUGACGCACCGCUGGUGAGCACCGCAGUUAUUACGUGAGCUCGAGGACAGGGAAUAAGACAGCUGUCCGUUUCAACACCGGGCUAAACGCAACCGAUAAAAACAGGAUAGAGGAGGUUCAGGACUGCAGAGGGGUUGAUUUGGAUCAAAUUAGUUCGGUAAAAGAGGUCGAUUGUUUCCUGCAUAUCCUUAAAAGUCCAAAUAUGGGAAUGGGGUUCCGAGGCACAGUAACCGAUGCUCCAGACUUUGAUGCCAGUGCAGAUGCCGAGACGCUCUACAAUGCCAUGAAAGGCAUCGGCAGCGACAAGGAGGCCAUCUUGGAUUUGGUCACUGGCAGAAGCAAUGCUCAGAGACAGGAGAUUGUACAGGCGUACAAGUCUAGCUAUGGGAAGAACCUGAUAGAUGACCUGAAGUAUGAGCUGACGGGGAAGUUUGAACGCCUCAUCGUCAGUCUGAUGAGACCCCAGGCCUACCAUGACGCCAAAGAGAUCCACGAUGCCAUCAAAGGGGCAGGAACAGAUGAGAAGUGCCUGAUUGAAGUCUUGGCCUCCAGGAACAAUCAACAGAUACACAACCUGGUGGAGGCAUACAAGGAUGCUUAUGGCUCAGACAUCGAGGAGGAUGUUACAGGAGACACCUCUGGACACUUUAAGAAGAUGCUGGUUGUUUUACUCCAGGGAACCAGAGAUGAACCAGGAGUAGUGCAUGCAGACCUAGUGGAGGAGGAUGCUCAGGCGCUGUUUGCAGCCGGGGAGGAGCAGUGGGGCACAGAGGAGUCCAUUUUCAUUAUGUUGCUGGGAAACCGAAGUGUCAGCCACCUUCAGAUGGUGUUUGAUAAGUACCAGGAGAUAGCAGAGAAGCCCAUAGAGGACAGUAUCAAGAGUGAGCUGUCUGGGGACUUUGAGAGACUCAUGUUGGCUGUCGUCCAGUGCAUCAGGAGUGUACCUAUGUACUUUGCCAAGCGCCUCUACAAGUCUAUGAAGGGUCUUGGUACGCAAGACAACACUCUGAUCAGGAUCAUGAUCUGUCGUUCUGAGAUAGACAUGCUGGAUAUCCGGGAGUGCUUCCGUAUGCGCUAUGAGAAGUCCCUGUACAACAUGAUCAAGGAAGACACAUCGGGAGAUUACAAGAGGACUCUGCUCGCCCUGUGUGGAGGAGACGAUGACCUUGCAGGAGAGUUCUUCCCAGAGGCUGCUCAGCUAGCCUACAAGAUGUGGGAAACAAGCGCCAUGACCAAAGUUCAGCUCAGACCAACCAUCCGUCCUGCCAGUGAUUUUGACCCGGCUGAUGAUGCUCAGAACCUGAGGAAAGCCAUGAAAGGCUUUGGCACAGAUGAAGACGUCAUCAUUAACAUUGUGGCUAACAGGAGCAACGCGCAGAGACAGGAGAUCAGACAGGCCUUUAAGUCCAUCCUCGGCAGGGACCUGAUGAAGGAUCUGAAGUCUGAACUCUCUAAGAACCUGGAGAGGCUGAUUAUCGGCCUGAUGCUGACGCCUGCCGAGUUUGACGCCAAGAUGAUGAGGAAAGCAAUGGAGGGGGCAGGGACAGACGAACAUUCUCUGAUUGAGAUCCUGGUAACCAGGAGCAACGAGGAGAUCCAUGCCAUGAACGCUGCCUACCGGGCUGGCUAUAAGAAGAGCAUGGAGGAAGCGAUCCAGUCAGACACCUCAGGACGCUUCAGUCAGAUCCUCACUUCGCUGGUUCAGGGGGCGAGAGAGCAGGGUCCAGCCGACUGGGACAGAGCAUUGGUGGACGCCCAGGAACUGGCCGAUGCCUGUAACGAAGGCUCUGACGAAAUGGAGAUUAAGUUCAUGAGUAUCCUCUGUACCAGGAGCUUCCCACAUCUCAGGAGAGUGUUCCAAGAGUUUGUCCGAUGCAGCAAUAAGGACAUUGAACAGAUCAUCAAGAAGGAGAUGUCUGGAGAUGUGAAACAGGUCAUGUAUGGCAUAGUUCAGAGUGUAAAGAACCAGUCUAAUUACUUUGCUGAGCGCCUGUACAAAGCCAUGAAGGGUAUGGGCACAGACGACAGGGCUCUCAUCCGCAUCAUGGUCUCACGCAGUGAAAUCGACCUUUUCAAUAUUCGCAAAGAGUUUAAGGAGACUCACGACUGUUCUCUCCAUGAAUUCAUCCAGGUAGAAACCAUGGUUGGUGAUACCUCAGGGGACUACCGUAAAACCCUGCUGAUGCUGUGUGGAGGACAAGACUAGAUCCAGAACCACCCAGCAGGCUUCCAGAAGGUCCCAGAACACUCUAGAACCAGAACCACCCAGCAGGCUUCCAGAAGGCUCUAGAACACCAGUGGAGCUUCUGGAACACUCUAGAACACCAACUGAAGCUGUCAAUCUACCGGUCAACUGUGCUGUGCGUACAUCCCCAUUGAACCCAGUGGGGAUAGUCAGUCUGCUCUGUUUGUCCCACACCGCUGCCACUCCUCUGCCAAAGUUACCUAUGACCUCAACAGCCUCCCCACAUAGUCCCUGUUCCGUUCAGCCUUCCUAGCUUCCUUGAAGUAAUCACAGAUCUAAUUUGGUUCAAGUGAUUUUAGGGUGCUAACCUUGCUAUACUUACACCUAUCAAUUACUAAUGAUGCAUUUCUUCAGAAUUGGAACAGGAGCCAAAGCUCUGUGCUGUCACCUCCGUGUCAGCUAGCCUGUCUUCUUCAUGUCAAACCUUUUUUUUUUUACACAACUUCUGUAGUGUUAGUGGUAUUUACAUUGAAAGUGAGAGAUAGGAAACUGCUUGGCUAUGUGUCUGUCAACCUAUUGAAGACUUGAAGUGUUUUUUUUUGUAUAGCGCUUCUACAAUGUGAUAGGUCAAUAGGUCAUCCAUCCAAUGAAUACUGUAUGGUUUUAGGAAUGUUACAUUGUUUCUCCUGAUAAUAAAAGGAAUGCGUCGUAGUACUGUU